UUUCUCUGGAACCAGCGACAGGAUGGACGAGCUCGACUCGCUGCUGGCUGACAUUUCUGCCGAUGUCGACUCUCUCGAUAACUUUGACUCGGCUCCACAGACCGCUACGGUGGUGACGCCGGCUCCUGCUCCGGCCGCCGCUACCAACGAUGCUCCCGACUACGAUGAGGAUAUGCUGGAGGAUCUGCUUGGCCGCUACCCCGGCCCCGCUCCCGCUGAGGCCGCUACCCCAGCUCCGGCUCCGGCUCCGGCUCCGGCUCCGGCUCCGGCUGUCACGCCUGCAGCAGACAACGACCAGGAUGAUCUCGAUGAUCUGCUCAACGAUCUCAACGACGACUCGUCGGCUGCAGACUCGGCCGCAGCCCCAGCUCCGGCUCCGGCUCCGGCAGCGUCGUCGGCGCCCGCCUCUACGCCCGCCCCGGCGCCCGCCCCGGCGCCCGCCCCGGCAGCGUCGUCGGGCCCCAAGACUUGCUCAACCUGCCGCCAGCAGAUCGAGGGCACCUUCCUCGAGGCUAUGGACACGACCUUCCAUCAGGCAUGCUUCAAGUGCGCCAAGUGCUCGACGGCGCUCGGCACGGUCCCGUUCCACCCCAAGGACGGCCGCCCGUACUGCUCCUCAUGCUACCACACCUCGUUUGCCAAGAUGUGUGGCCGGUGCAACCAGGUCAUCUCUGGCUCGUGCCUUGAGGCGCUUGGCAAGUCGUGGCACGAGGGAUGCUUUGCCUGCACCUCGUGUGGCAACCCGUUCCCUUCCGGAGAGUUCAUUCCGCGAGGCUCCGACCCGUACUGCACCUCUUGCUUCCACGCCCAGUUUGGCGUCAAGUGCGCCGGCUGCGUCCAGCCCAUCUCGGGCGACUUUCUCAACGCCUGCGGCAAGAAGUGGCACUCGUCCUGCCUCAAGUGCCAAGGUUGCGCCUCGGCGCUGCCGGAUCUUUCGUUUUACGAGAAGAACGGCCAGCCCAUGUGCAACACCUGCUUUGCCAACUAGCCGCCGCUAAAGUUACCCAGCCAAUCCCUCCAGCACCUCGUCCACCGCCCGCACAAGCAGCGGCGACUCGCGAAUCUCCGUCGCGUCCGAGAACACGUACAACUUGCUCAGCCCGGCCCGGCGCGCCACAAACGUCACAGACACUGCAUUUGGCUCGCCGCGCACCCGCUGAACCUCUGCUGCGUGGAUACCCAGCCGCGCAGUCACAACAUGUGGCGCGCGGAACUGCUCCGACCGCAGAUGCACCGUCAGUGCCACCCCAACCGACGCCGUAAACUGCGCGCGCUGACGAA